UCGUAAACACGCCCGAGUCAUCUCGUCACUCACUUUGAUUUUGAUUUGAUCGUCUCUCUCUAGUUGGGAAUUAGGUUUUUUUUUUCUUUUCCGAAGAUGACGACGGCAGCUAGGCCAACGUGGGCUCCGGCGAAGGGAGGAAACGAGCAAGGUGGCGCUCGUAUCUUCGGCGCGUCUCAGAAGUACUCGUCCCGUGACGUCGCUGCUCACACAACCUUAAAACCAAGGAGGGAAGGGCAACACACUCAAGAGGAAGUGGAGAAGAAGAAUCUUCGUGAUGAGCUUGAAGAGCGUGAGAGGAGACACUUCUCUUCUAAAGACAAAUCCUACACUGGUGAUGAUAGAGACCGCAGGAGAGGGAACCAGCUACUACUGGAAGGCUCUAAAAGGGACCCUGAAGAUCGGAUUGUUCCUCGCAGUGUAGAUGCUGAUGAUUCCGAUGUUGAUAUCAAAAGCGAUGAUGAUAGUGAUGACGAAAGUGAUGAUGAUGACGAGGACGACACCGAAGCCCUUAUGGCUGAACUCGACCAGAUAAAGAAAGAAAGGGUGGAGGAGAGGCUCAGGAAGGAAAAGCAGCAGCAGAUGGAAGAGCUAAACGCCAAAGAAGAAGAGCUUCUCAAAGGAAACCCACUGCUGAACAACACUCCAACUUCGUUUAGUGUCAAAAGGAGGUGGGAUGAUGAUGUGGUAUUCAAGAAUCAGGCACGUGGGGAAAUGAAAGCACCUAAGCGAUUCAUCAAUGAUACAAUCAGGAAUGACUUCCACAGAAAGUUCCUACACAGAUACAUGAAGUGAUUGAGCAAUUUGUUGCUGCAUGAUGUCUGUAUAACGAAUGAACUAUAUACAAGGCUUUCGUAUUCUGUCUCUUGUACUAAAACAGAAGCUAAUCAACGAAUGUUAUAUGGUUUAUGAUUAAAAUCUUAUGCGCUUGACUUC